GUAGCUGCCUUGCAUUUCCCACAUCAUUUGCCAGGGGUUUGUCCACAUCACGCUUGGUUUACUUUGGCAGUUUUUAUAUCUUCGACACCGACGCUGAAUUCAGUCUUGCUGAAGUGAGUUUGCCAGACAUGUGAUUCCAUUAAAAAAGUGCUUCCAUCUGACAAUUGUAGAAAGAUAAAGUUUCAACUCUUGAUGUCAUGACACUCAAGAGGGCUACACUGAAGAGCCUCCCACCAUCAGUCAUGGCCACUGUGGUAAUGUUUCUCAUCCUGAUACCAGCUGUGCACAGUGCUAUCGUAAUAAACUGCUCUGAACCGAGCCAACCCGCCCUGCUGGAGGCUCUGACUCCAAUCCUUAAACUGAGUGCCAUCCGACCUGUCAUGAACAUGAACACCCGCACCAACGUCAACAUGUCCUUCAUCAUGUAUGGAAUACUAGGAGUGGAUGAAAAGGGUCAACUCCUGCUUACCUUCCUUUGGCAGCAUUUUUGGUGGAUGAACGAGUUUGUCAGCUGGGAUCCAACGCAGUGUGGCUCCGAAAAAAUUUCUCUUCCCAGGAAAAAGUUUUGGGUGCCAGAUAUUGUCAUCAAUGAAUUUAUGGAUGAAAACACAGCCCCCUUUGUCCCAUAUGUGUACCUGUACAGCGAUGGUAGGGUGCACGAUGCUCAACCAAUCAGAGUGGUCAGUUCCUGUAACCUCAAUAUCUACACUUUUCCCUUCGAUAUACAGAACUGCACCAUGACUUUCAACUCUUACAUCCACUUAGCUAAGGACAUAAUGAUUUUCCUGAAUAAGGAUGCAAAAACCAUCACAAGUCAAUCCAAAAGCGUGAUGACCACCAUGGGAGAGUGGGAGCUGCUGGAUAUCGACUCCCACCACAUUGAAGAACAUAGCGAGGGUGAUUACAUUGAUGAGCUUGUAUUUAAUGUCAGAGUGAGGCGCCGGGCCACCCUGUAUGUGGUGAACCUGCUGAUCCCCAGCUGCUUCCUCAUCACUGUGGACCUCUUCAGCUUCCUGCUGCCCCCCCAGAGUGUGGACCGUUCCUCCUUCAAGAUGACCCUCAUCCUGGGAUACACCGUCUUCCUGCUCAUCAUGAAUGACCUGCUGCCUAUCACCGGAAACACCAUUCCUCUCAUAAAUGUAUUCUUCUCCCUCUGCCUGGCCCUGAUGGUGGCCAGUCUGCUGGAGACUAUCCUCAUCACUAACCUGCUGUGUGGCUCGGCCGACUUCUCUCCCAUCCCUCGCUGGGUCCGAGUGUUUGUUCUGCAAAUUCUGGGCCGUCUCGUUUGCCUGCCUCAGAAGACUAAAAAAAAGAAAGAUUCAGGCAUGAAACCCUACACUGUUGCGACACAGCAGAAAGGUGAUGGACCUCCAGAGGAGAAGGGGCCAGUGGUGGACGACAAGGCCCUUCAGGAGCUGAGGAGCCUGGGCAGGGACCUCCAGGCCAUCCGCCUCCAGGUGGAGCAGAAGCAGGGAGGAAGCCAGAGUUCGGAGGAGUGGGUCCAGGUGGGUUUCAUCAUAGACCGCCUGCUGUUCGGCAUCUACAUCCUCUUCGUAUCAGUCAGCUUCAUUACCAUCAUCAUAAUCUGGGUGAACUCAUAUAGCCAGUAGACAAUGGCUGCCUGUUUAAAGGGGCAACAUACAGUACAUGACUCAAAAAGUUGUUGAGUAAUAAUCACACUGGUAUUGUUAUUGUUUUGUUUGGUUUGAAGAUAUUUAAACAUAUUCUUAAUCUAUUGUUUUAUAAUUAGUCGUAUCCAAUGAGCAUACCAUCAAUAUCGGACAUUACAUUUCCUUUAUCACAUUUAUUAGAUGUAGUUCUAAGCAUUUUAAGCGGUUGUAUCUGCAUUUGUUAUAUUUCAUUCAUAUAAUUGCAUUCGUUGUGCCAUUCUAAAAUCAUU